CUUCUCAUAUCCUUUAAAAAGCACGGAAGAAGAAGCCUUGUGUCAGAUACAGCUCAAUUGUUGUCAACAAUCAACGUUGCGUUGUGACGCGUCGUUGCAACUUUUAUGGUGAAAUAAGUGUAACAGAUCGUCAAGUUUAAGAACAGGAGUUUAGAACGUCUUUGGCCAUACUAUAUCUGUCAACCGAAGGAAUCCCAAGAUCUGCGACGCUGAACUAACAAAGCAGUUGUUUGUUUAACAAUUUUGCAGAUAACUCAUGGCUUCUGACAUGGAGUCAGUAACAGUUGCAAUGGCCUCUCAGACUCUUAAUGAAAAAGAGGUGGUAAAGAAUGGUGAUCAUACUUCGCUGAAUUCUGAAGACAGUGAAGAUGCGGGCGGUUUGGGUCUUGUCUCGGGAAGCAAUGGGCUUGGAUCAGCUUAUGCAAGAAUGCCAGUUGACAGGGAUGCUCUACGUUACAACAUGAACCAUCCUUCUCGUGGACACUGUCUCAUCUUUAAUCAUCGUAUCUUUGACAGUCACACAGGUCUAGGGGAGCGGAAUGGUACAGACAGAGAUCGUGAUCAAGCUAAACAGCUUUUUACAAACCUUGGAUACCAAGUGGCAGUGUAUGACAACCAGACUGUUGAGCGCAUCAAGGAAGUCAUACAGGACAUGGCAUUUGGAAUUGAUCACAAGGAUUGUGAUUCCUUAGUGAUUGUGUUCAUGUCUCAUGGGGAGCAGGAGGUACUAUAUGGACGUAACGGAAGUUUCAAGGCAGAAUUUUUGUUUGAUUGUUUCAAUGCAGAUCAGUGCAAAUCACUAGCAGGAAAGCCAAAACUGUUUUUCAUUCAGGCAUGCCGUGGAGAGGGAUUGGAUCCUGGCACUACACUUAUAAAUACUGGCCCAAAAGAUGAGACAGACUCGGGUGCGCUGUCCUAUAAGAUCCCGAACACAGCUGAUUUUCUGAUAUGCUGGUCUACUGUGCCUGGUCACUUCUCAUGGCGCAAUACAACCAAUGGUUCUUGGUUCAUACAGUCAUUGGUGCAUGUCCUGAGCACACAGUCCAAACACGAUGAUUUGUUGUCCAUGAUGACAGAUGUAAACCGCUACAUGAUCAUUCAUUUUGAGUCUAACUGUCCAUCUCAGCAACACAUGCAUGGAAAAAAACAAGUUGCUAGCAUUGUCUCAACUCUGAUGCGCAAGGUCUACUUGACAUCAAAGUAUUGACUUUGUGCGAGUAAACACAGUGGUGGGGAAGCAGAAGCAUCAGUUGCCACUCAUGAACAAGUAGAAGUAGAGGUAGAAAGACACAGUGAUGAAGUUAUCCAUGGCAGUGAUGAUUACCAAGAACAGAAAAAGCACUUGUUUUGCUGUUGGCUGCCAUUCAAGUCAUGCCAAAGGAGGCAGAGGUACCCAAAGGUAAAAAAGGUAGAUACUCGUGAGAAGAAAUAUUGGAAAUUUAAUCGAAAUUCUGAAACUCUUGAAAGUAAUAAUUGCUCUAUGAGGGAUAGAAAUGAUUUUGUGCCUCAAGGCAGAAGUGGAAGUAGGGUUUCUAAUUUUGUAGGUAGUUUAGUGCCAAAUUGGAAAUUUUCUUUCAAGUGAAUUGAAUUGGUUGGCAAAAAAUACUCUUGAUGAAUACAAAGCCAAGUAAUCCUAAUAAUUGUCUUUUAUGAAAUGUCUUGAUGAAAUGGCUAAUUUUUUGGGAUGAAAUUUUUAAGAUAAUUAAGUUUAUCUUUUAACUGUACUGGUAAAUGGACCUCUUUAGAUAGCCCAGUUUCCCAAUAUGUACUGUAUGAAAAAUUGGUUCUCCUCUGUAACAACGAAGUGCUCAACUAGUCUUUCUGUAUAAUUAAGUAAAAGUGUUUAUUUUCCUUUACUUGCUGUGUUUGCUCGAAAUAGAUGAGUAACAGUACUUUACAGUCAGUGAUGUCACUGGUAGAAAAGUAAGAUUUGUUAUCACAGAUGUGUGCAAUUUAACCAGUAGGUAGGUGCUUCUGUGGUAUGUUUCACAAGAACGUCUACCACAAAAGUUAUCAAUCAUAGUUGUACUUUGCAUUUUUGCAUACUGAUAUUAGAUCAACUGUUGGGCAAAAAUACUAAAAGUUUGGGGGAAGCAAAUUAAUAUAAAAGUCCUUAUAAGCUUUUAUUUAUUUUUAUAUAAGACGUGACUGCUGCUGUACUGCAUUUUGAUGACGUAAAGUUGUUUGACUUGCAGCUUUAUCCUUGCCACAUAGAAAAGCCAUAUAAUGUAGUAAAUACAGUUUGUACAUGUGUCAGUUUUACCAGAUGAUUGGUUAUUGUCUUUUGAGAUAAUCUUACAGGUAAGUGUGCCAUUUAUACUUUUUAUAAAGAUCUGAUUUUGGUAACUUUAAAAGCCUACAGAUGUUUUCAAAAUCUUGACCAGUGUACUAUAUUAAGGCAAAUAGCAUACUCUUGAUUAUACGGGUGUGCAAAUUAUCAGUUGUAACAUCCAUCAGUUACAGUUACCAUAAUCACUGUCUUGAAUGCUGUACAAGAAUUAGUGGAGGUGCCUUAAUUGAUAACUGCCCAUAGAAAUAUCAGUAGAAUUUUAGCACAAAACAGUCUUUCAUGCGCAGUUUUACUAGCCGUGCAAACAAGGUCUUUCAGAUUCUCUUUAAGAAUUAAUUUUUUAUAAACAAAAUAGUCUUUCAGAUUUGUAAUCACAAAGGCUUGUUUGAUACCAUUUGAUAUUAGCACCUCAAGCUGUCUUUCAUACUGCCUUUUCAAGGUAUUUUAUCAUAGGAAAACACUAGGUGGCAUGCAGUAGAUUUAUACAUUGAUGUUAUCCUCACAGUAGUUUAUAAGAAUCUUUUGUGUAAUUCAUUAGAUACAUUCUGGGUUGCAUUUUGUGAUUAUUGCAUACUCUCACUGCUAUAGAAAUCUGUUGGUUUCUCAUAAUAUUGUGAAAAGUGAUUUAGCAAUAACUGCUGAUGUAGGUAACUUAGGUGGGCAGUUUCCAGUUGCUUUGGAACCCACAAAGUAGAAUUAGAAAUCUGGAAUAUUGAUAUACUUAUGCUAUGAAGCAAACUGAAGGCAUAUGUCAAGUUUGUCCACCUUUAUAUAAAUGUAAGCAUUGCAUGUCAGGAAAUGUAUACAUCUUGGCUUCUAUUACAUACCUCUGUUUAUUGUGUAGUUUCUGUAGGGGAGUACGUAUUAAAAAUAUUUGAUUCAAGAUGAAAAUGGAAAGUAACUUUUGCUCAAUUUAAUUAUUUGUGCAAUACUGAUCAAAAUAAAAGACAAGAAAGUUGCUCGGGUGUCAUCUAAAUAAAGAACAUGCUACUGUGGGUACUUGUGAAAUGUUUCUGUAAGCAUUUUGACCUUUGGAUAGAUUUAGUGUCAUGAGUUUCUUGGGAAAUGAAUGUUCUGCAUGGAAAUACAAGAUUGCCAUUUGAGAAAUAUUUGUAACAUUCAUAUGAUUAAUACUAGCCGCAGAAAGUUUUGCCAUAAUUAUGUAUAUUUUCUUGUAAUCUUCAAGAUUGGAGUGGUAUUAUUUUUGUAAUUUUAUAAUUUAACUGGCAUUAAAGACAAAGAUUUAUACUUGUGCCAAUUUACUUUUCUUUGCGAAUACUUAUAAUGAAAUUAAUAAAUGUAUCAAUUAUCAGGUUACACUGCCAAAUAGACUUUACAGUAUGGAUUUCAGUUUGGAUAACACAUCAUGAGUGAUUUAGACUGAGAAUAAUUUAUGAUGUGAAGGAAGUGUUAUUUUCAAAGAAAUGACAUUCAGUUGUAGUAUAUACUACAGAGUCUGUCUUUCGGAUGCAAUGUCAUGGUUCAUUAUUAAAAGCUCAACGAUUUGUUUAGAUUUUUAUCUAAUGGAUACUUAGUUUGUAAUUCAGGCCGGAAUGAGAAACCUCAACAGUUAACAGUGUAUAUUGUAUAUUUUUAAAAUAAUUUGUAUAGGAUGUAAGCAUUAAUUUUUCUUUUUUUGUACAUUUAUUUUGUGCAGAUACAUUUGCAAUGACUAUUCUUGAUGAAAAACUUGACUACUUGCCAAUAUGCAUUGAACUUGAUAAAUAGCAAAUAGGAUUACAUGGACAAUUUAGCAUAGUACCUCUUUUUAUGUUAACAGUUAAAAAGAUGCCAUAUGGGGCCAUGUGUAAAUGGGAAGGGGGUGUCAUAUAAGGUUUUGAAGGUAUAUCUGAUGUUAUAGGCAAAGAUUUUUCAUGUAACAUAAGGAGUGGAUAUCUUAAGGAGGCCUACUCCUUAAAGUUGAAAUUGGAUUUUUGGACAGCUUACUCCAGAUUUAGUGAACUUGAAUAGGAUUAUUAAUGUCUGAUAUAUCUUCAAGUUUAGACUGCUUCAAGUUUAGACUGGAUUGUAAGCUGAACUCUUAAUGUAAUACUUGCUUGAUACUUAAUAUCUGACAUUGCCAGUGGUACUGCUUGAUCCACAAAAUUCAUGAAGUUCCUGUAUUGUGUCAUUACUGUGGUGUAUGAAUGUAGUAUAUAUUUAUUUUUUGAGGUUUUAUUAUGCUCUCUUGGCUUGCAUUUAUCUUACUUUCCUGUUUUGUAAAUAAAAACUGUUGUUGCAAGAUUCCUAUUUAGAUAUAGUUUUAGCAUUUUUCAUAUCUUGGUUAUUAUUAGUCAGUUAUUUUCAGGCAUUUUUUUUUUUUAUCAAUUUUCCACUGAUAUUAUAGCCCAUGGUUUACCAUGGAAAAAAAGAUCUCAGUAAUUUGGACCAUCCAGUGUUUUAUUGUGUGCAAAGAUCUUGUUUCUGACAAUGUGUAUUGUGUAAAAUUUAUACCUUUUGAGAAUAUUUUUAUUAUUUUUAGUAAGGUGUUAACUUCAAGUCCCUUGCAAAUACUAUAUGAAUCAAUGGAAUCAGAAUGGAGCAAUUCUUACUCUGUUUAAUUUUGUCUGUGUACUAUUUGCUUCAUUGUUUGAGUAGGUAACGCAUUGGAAAGUUGGUCUGUCAGUUUAUCUGCCAGACUUGAGUAACUAUUAUACCCUUGUAAAGUCAGGAAAGGGCUGUGUCAUGGUAACCAAAUUCCUUUUCUCAAAAAUACUUGUAAAUGGAAAGUUAAGGAUCGGUGUCCCUGCUCUAAAUGUGAAAAGGACCCAAAUUUUAAACAACUCUGAUUGGGGGUGAUUUUACUGCAUGGCCUGGUAGUGAUGUGACAAAAGAUUUAUCUCAACAAAAAAACAAGCAGUUCUUUACAAUGCAAGUUAUCAGUGAUUGCAAAGAAUAAAGCGCGUGUGUUGUAUAGGUGGAACAAGCUUGAGCUCUCCAAUUUUCAUAAAAUUUAAACUCAAAUUCUGAUUUGAUGUGUGCACUGUACAUAGGACAAGAUGCAUUUAAUGAAUCUCUAGGUUCAAAGUUGCAUUUUUUUAAAUUUUAAGUGAUACAAUUCAUGGAUUUGUUCAUUUUUUUCUAACAAUGGUUGUUUUGCUGCUGGGCAGCAUUGAAUGAAAUGCAUUUCUGCAGGUACUUCUCUGUUCUGCCAUAAUUCAGAGUGAUCCUCAGUAGUCUCCAAUUGCCAUAAUUAGAAUUUUUAAUAAACAAAUAUUUUAAUUAGAAAUUGACAUGGCAGUUUGUUCUUGAAAAGCAUUUUCCAUUUUUGUCAGUGAUCCAUUGCAAAAUACUAGUAACCCUAUUUACAAUUGAUGAAGUUCCCAACAGCAUUCUAUCACAAUUCAGUUUGAUAUUUUUCCUGAAAAUUUAGCCAGUAGUAGAGUAUGUUAUACAAAAAUUGUCUAGCAGUAGACUGUCAUAUGCAUAAUUUGCUAUGUCAUAGUUGUGAUGUAUAAAGACAAUGAUUAGCCUAUAAGAGUUCUUAUUCACUCUAAGGCUACCACUGUAGAACCUCUGGAUACUGCUUUGUCUUUCAGUAUUGCGGGGACACAUUAGGUGUUAUUGGUCUUUCCAAAGAAAUUUUGUGAUUAUUAUAAAAUUGUCUUAUGCAAUAUGGUGAACUUCAGUGGUUGUGUACUAACUAUACAUAAUUGUCAUAUAGCUUAUCAGAAAUAAAUAUAUAAUGUAAAA